UGCGGCGGCCUGUGGCCCCCGCCGGCCCCCCAGCCCCCCGAACCCCGGCAGGCCACGCUGGCCGAGGGCAAGGCCCCCAAGGCCUUCAACUGCCACGUGGAGUACGAGAAGACGGACCGGGCCCGGAAGAACAAGCCCUGCCUCUACGACCCGGCCAAGGUGUGCUUCCACGGAGCCAGGCAGAGCCAGGCCGCCUGGCUGUGCGCCAAGCCCUUCAAGGUCAUCUGCAUCUUCGUCUCCUUCUGCAGCUUCGACUACAAGCUGGUGCAGAAGGUCUGCCCCGACUACAACUUCCAGCAGGAGCGCCCCUACUUCGGCUGACGUGGCCCCCGGGCGCCGCGGGCAGGAGGCUGCUGUGGGGCCCCCC